AGCUUGCGACCUGCUAACUGGUUAACAGCACAUUAAACGGAUGCUGUAGAUUACAGGGCUCUUUGCCGUCUGGUGGAGAUAUGAACCUUUCUAUGGUCCAGAUCUUGCUGGCAUGGAUUCUCGGUGUAUUUGCUGGUCCUGUAUUCUGCUCAGUGGAUGAGACUCGUCUGGUUAAAGACCUGUUUACUGGUUACAACAAGGUGGUUCGUCCUGUUAACCACUUCAGUGAGGCCGUAGUGGUCACCGUGGGACUGCAGCUAAUACAGCUAAUCAGUGUGGAUGAAGUUAACCAGAUUGUGACCAGUAAUGUCCGUCUCAGACAGCAAUGGUUAGAUGUGAACCUGAAGUGGAAUCCAGAUGAAUACGGAGGCAUCAGGAAGAUCAGAGUCCCUUCAACCGACAUUUGGAAACCUGACCUGGUGCUAUACAACAAUGCUGACGGUGACUUUGCCAUCAUUCAUGAAACUAAAGUCCUGUUGGAACACAAUGGGAUGAUAACAUGGAACCCUCCAGCCAUCUUUAAGAGUUACUGUGAGAUUAUUGUCCUCCAUUUCCCAUUUGACCUGCAGAACUGUAGCAUGAAACUGGGAACGUGGACAUAUGAUGGACUACUGGUUGUCAUCAACCCAGACAGUGAUCGGCCUGACCUCAGUAACUUUAUGGAGUCAGGUGAAUGGGUGUUGAAGGACUACAGGAGCUGGAAACACUGGGUUUACUACACCUGCUGUCCUGACACACCAUACCUUGACAUAACCUACCAUUUCCUGAUGCUGCGGCUGCCUCUCUACUUCAUCGUGAACGUCAUCAUUCCCUGCAUGCUGUUCUCUUUUCUCACCGGACUUGUCUUCUAUCUGCCUACUGACUCUGGUGAAAAGAUGACUCUCUCCAUCUCCGUCCUGCUGUCUCUGACUGUCUUCCUGCUGGUUAUUGUGGAGCUGAUCCCCUCCACCUCCAGCGCUGUUCCUCUCAUCGGGAAAUACAUGCUCUUCACAAUGGUGUUUGUCAUCGCCUCCAUCAUCAUCACUGUCAUCGUCAUUAAUACACAUCACCGCUCUCCCAGCACGCACACCAUGCCCCCCUGGAUCCGCAAGGUCUUCAUCGAAACCAUUCCCAACAUGAUGUUCUUCUCAACAAUGAAGCGUCCCAGUCAGGAGAUCCGGCAGAAGAGGUUGUUCCCAACUGACAUGGACAUCUCUGACAUCUCAGGGAAAACAGUGCAUCCUAAUGUUGUCCAGGACUGCGUAGCUCUUUGUCUAUCCCUACAACUACAACCUGUCCCUGCUCCCUCUUCUGCAGGUAACCCCACCCCCACCAGUGUCACCUACCAGUCUCCCAUUGCUAAAAACCCUGAUGUUCGCAGCGCCAUUGAAGGGGUGAAGUACAUCGCAGAGACCAUGAAAUCAGACGAGGAGUCGAACAAUGCAGCAGAGGAGUGGAAGUUCGUCGCUAUGGUUUUGGAUCACAUCCUGCUCUGUGUGUUCAUGGCCGUGUGCAUCAUCGGGACGGUUGCUGUAUUUGCGGGAAGACUCAUCGAGCUCAACAUGCUGUAGAGACCUGACCCAUAAAGGAGACUGUGUGUUAUCAGGAUAGACGUCUCACUUGGAGAUCCACCAGAGAAGUGCUUGUCAGUGGACU